AUGCUCCGGUGGCUGAGCAUCCUUGCCUUCCUGCUCUCGCUGCAGGUGCAAGCUGAGCUCACAGAUGCAAGCCCUCUUGGCAAGGCUUUGGAGCUGAUCUCGAAGCUCAAGAAGCAUGUGGCGGAGGAUGGGGUGAAGGAGCAGGAGGCUUACAAGAAGUACAAGGAUUGGUGCCAAUCCCAGACAGAGGAGCUUCAGAGGGAGCUGGAGACCGAGAAGAAAGCCCAGGAGAAGAUGGACGCGGAAAUCUACGAGGCCGAGGCAGGCAUUGCUUCUGCAGCGGCGCAAAUUCAGAAGUUCGUUUCGCAGGUCGCCCGCAGCGAUGCCAAGCUCAACGAUGCCAAAGAAGUCCGCGACCAGGAGAAAACGUCUUUCGAAGACUCGCAGAAAUCUCUGUCGGACACGAUCAAGCUUCUCGACAAAGCCGGCGAGGUGCUGGCGCAGGAGAAGAAGGAAGCGGCCAAGACCGGGCUCGUGCAAGUCUCGUCAGAAGAGGCGACGCACGUCUCCGACACGCUCCUGGCGCUGGCAUCGCUCGUGGACGCCACGGCGUUAGCUCCCAGAGCUACCGAGCUGAUGGCUUUCGCACAGCUGCAGGGCCAGGAAAAUGUUCGUGCUCCGAACGGCGGAUAUCAGUCGCGCAGUGGCGACUUGAUCGAGCUCUUGAAAGACAUGCAAGACGAGGCAGAGAAGAAUCUUGCAGACCUCAGGAAGACCGAGGCGGAGGCGGCCCACACCUUCAAGCUCCUAUCGGCAUCGCUGAAGCGGCAGCUUGACGACGAUCAGACCAGCCUCGCAGCGGCGCAGAAGGAGCGCACCGCGGGCGAGACCCGUCGGGCCAAGCUCCAGAGUGACAGGACCGGAGCAGGGGCCGGCUCGAACAAGGUCGGAGAAGCCCUCAGCGCGACUCGGGAUGCAUGCAUGCAGGCGGCAGCCGACCAAGAAGCAUCAGACACGGGCCGAACGACAGAGCUCCAGGUGCUAGAAGAGGCUUAUGAGGCAAUCAAGGGUGCCGCCAGCGAGGACCUUGCGUUUCUGCAGAUUGCUUCCCAGACGGGCCGUCGGACCCCGGAUGUGAGCAGGAAGGACGAGACGCUUCGCGCUACCCAGGCGAAGGCCGAGAGAGUCGUUGUGGGACUCUUGGGACGCCUUGCCAAGCAGCAACAGCUGCCGAUUCUGGCGCAGCUGGCUGGCAAGGUGUCAGCUGCUUUUGGCACCGAGAAGGACCCACUGGCAGCCGCCCGGAAGAUGGUUCAAGAUCUGAUCCUCAAGAUGCAGGAUCAGAUCACUUCGGAAGCAGAAGAGCAUGGCUACUGCGAGAAGGAAACCUCGCGGUCGGAAGCCCGUAUCAGUUCGCUGAAGACCAGCAUCAAGACGCUCAGCACUGAGAUUGACCAAGCCAGCUCAACCGCUGCGGUGCUCGGGGCGGCCAUCGACAAGGAACGCGAGGAGCUCUCGGCGUUGGCCAAGCAGCAGGUGAGCAUGACCGGCUCCAUGGACAGCCUCAAGAAGAACACCGAGUCUUCCAAGGCUGAGCUGCAGCAGGGCCUUCAGGCAGUGCGUUUUGUCAUGGACAAGCUCAAGACGUUCUAUGGCUCGAAGCAGUCGCUUCUGCAGGAGGUCGCUGAGCCGGUGCUGGCAGAUGCGAAGCCCAUCCGGCGAAAGGAGGUGGCGCUGAUGGCCGAGUCCAUGGGCCUGGAUACGCCUACGGAGGCGACAGAGGAUCCGGAGGCGGCUGCCGCCAUCAGCGACAUGCCUGCAUCGACGACCGAAGCGGCUUUGCCGACAAGCGCGGCGGAGGCGGAGGAUGAGGUGUCCCUUGACGAGAGGGCGGCCCAGGCGGUUGCUGCUCUCCAGGUCACAGCCCUGGUGCCCCCGCCGCCAGCACCCAAGCAGCACGCGCCGAGCAUCAGCUCGGGGACGAGCAUCAUCCAGGUGCUUGAGCUGUGUGAGUCGGAACUGGCCAAGAACUUGGCGCAGCUAGACACGCAGGCCGGUGAUGAGGAAACCGAGCAGAGAGAAUUACUCAAGCAGAGCAUGAUCUUGCAGAAGCAGAAGGAGCUCGAUGUCGAGCGCAACACACGUGAGGUUAAGGCCGCCGACAACGAGGUCCGGCGCCUGAAGGCUGACCUUGAAGGGGCCAAGAACGAACUGGAGCCCUUGGAAGAGUACUACGAACAAGUGAAACAGCGCUGCGUGAAGAAAGUUACUCGCGAAGACAUCAUGAAGAAACGGCAGCGGGAGAUUGAAGGCUUGAAGGAAGCUCUGGCGGUGCUGGAGGGCGAAACCGGCUUGGUGCAACUUCGCACGCAGCGCGUGACGUCCUUUCUGCAGCGCCGCAUGGAGCACGACUGA